UGGAGCCUGAGGGAUCGCGCAUGCGCUCUGUCGGGGACGCGAGGUCUUUAUCCUCCGUGGUUCACAUCGGCGGCGUGGAGAUGCCGGUCAGUGGGGCGCGCUCGGAGGACGGCACUGCGCUGGGUUCUACGGACAGUUCCGCUGUACACAAGGAGGAGCUCAGCCUCAAGAUUAAAGAACAGAAAAUUAUUGUGGAUGAACUUUCUAACUUGAAGAAGAAUAGGAAAGUAUAUAGUCAGCAACAGAACAGCAACAUAUUUUUUCUUGCAGACCGAACAGAAAUGCUUUCUGAAAGAAAAAAUGUCUUAGAUGAAUUGAAAAAAGAAUACCAAGAAAUAGAAAACUUAGAGAAGACUAAAAUCAAGAAAUAGUCACCCUGAUUUCGUAGAAC